CGCCACCCGCAUCUCGCUGCUGCAACCCUCGCGCCCGCGCCACCGCGCGUCUUGCGCCAUCCUCGUCCGCACUUCCGCCAUUCGCCCUCACUGCUCUGGAUCGGGGAGGUGGGAGGACGCACCCCGCAGCAAAGACGCGAGUUGGAAUCUAUAGCAUGUCCAGCUGCUGACACCUUUUGU